AUGGCAGACAAGAAGAUCUCCAGCUCCAAACGAACAGUCCUGAUAACCGGCUGCUCAGACGGCGGUCUGGGCGCCGCCCUUGCAAUCGCCUUCCAUGAAGCCGGCCUGCAUGUCUUUGCUACGGCUCGAAAUCCUUCUAAGAUGACGCAGGUCGCGUCUCUUGGCAUCGAAACGCUUACAUUAGACGUCCAAUCCGACUCCUCAAUCGCCGACUGUGUCCGCAAACUGUCCGACCUCGACAUCUUGGUCAACAAUGCCGGCGCCGCGUACAGCAUGCCCGCCUCCGAUCUCUCCAUCCCCAAGGCCAAAGACAUUUUCGACCUCAAUGUGUGGUCUUACCUUGCCAUGACGCAGGCUUUUCUGCCGUUACUGCUGAAGUCCAAGGGAAUGAUUUCCACGUACAACGCCUCGAAAGCUGCGAUGGCAAUGUUUUCAGAUUCGCAGCGGCUGGAGCUGGCACCCUUCGGCAUCACGGUUGUCGAUCUGAAGACGGGAGCCGUGGCGUCUAACCUUAUAAAGAAUCAAAAGGAAGCGACGCAAGCUUCUUUGCCGAAGGGCUCGAUUUAUGAGCCGGCGAAGGAGGCGGUAGAGAGGACGAUGCGUGGUGAUGCAUUCGAGGAUGCGGGUAUGCCGGCGCAGCAGUGGGCGGGACUAGUUGUGCAGGAUUUGUCGAGGAAGAGGCCACCGCCGAAUGUUUGGAGGGGUGCCAAGGCGGGUUUGGCGUGGGUUGGCACGGUUUUGCCGUUCGGAAUGCUAGAUGGGAUGAUGAAGAAGAUGACUGGAAUUGACGUCGUUGAACAGAUGGUGCGCAAAUAA